AUGAAAUUCGGAAAUACCCAAAGGCUGAUAUUUAUGAUGGUUCUCGUUAUUACGUACUUUCUGGUCGAACUUAUUACGGGCUACAUUGUCCAUUCUCUUGCAUUGGUAGCAGAUUCAUUCCAUAUGCUUUCGGACUUUAUCGCACUUUGUGUUGGAGUCGCUGCAUCUAAAAUCGCUAAAUGGCCUCGGUCCUCAAAGAAUACGUUUGGAUGGCAGCGUGCUGAGGUGGUUGGCAGCCUCAUUAACACGGUCGUCCUUGUUACUUUGUGUUUUACCAUUUUUGUUGACGCUGUUGAGAGGUUCAUUCAACGCGAAUCGAUAGAUGAACCUCAAGUAAUGGUCUACGUUGGAAUCGGAGGUCUCAUCAUUAAUAUUCUUGGUCUCCUUGUAAUUGGGGGGCAUUCACAUUCCCACGAUGCACCUGCUCUUACUUUGGAUAUGGACGAGGUAAAUCUCGAAGAUGGUCUCAAUGAAAGUGAUUAUAAUUUAGUAGACAGUAAGCCAGGGGCUGGUGAGGCAGAGCAGCCACUUCCUAAUGGAGGUGCUCGCCUCAGUGUCUAUGAGGUCGUUGAUCCCGACUAUGGUACAGGUGGUGAUGUUAAUGAAAGAAUUGGCGGCUUAUGCCCCUGCCUCCGGCGGUGGCGUGGCAUUCGUCGGACUAGUGAGGCAGAUCUGGCCCAUGAAAAUUGCCAUCUCUCACCUUGUCCAAAUAGUAGCACAAAGAAAACACACAAACAAGGGCAGUCGAUGAAUAUGCGCGCUGUGUUUUUACACGUGUUCGCUGAUUUCCUUGGUUCCGUCAUUGUCGUGACAAGUGCGUUGAUUCUCUGGCAGGUACCUGGCGAUCCAAACGAACCCGAAAACAGCUGGAAACUUUAUAUCGAUCCUGCGAUGAGCAUCUUCAUGGUUAUCAUUAUUUUAUCCUCCACACUGCCGCUGCUGUACAAGGCGGCGCUCAUUCUUCUCCAAUCUGUCCCAAAAGAAAUUUGCAUCAAAAACCUAAAAAAUCGACUUGAAAAGGUAGGAUUUUUAGUAUCCACAUUUGCCGCUUUUCUCCUGCGUCUGUUGGGUGAUAAUCACGUGGUCUGUCGUGACAACUUCUUGCGUCAGUUCAGAUUAAAUUAUGCGGACUGGCACACCGUGGUUCUUUACACUUGCACGCCAUCUCUCCUGGGUCAGGGUUUUAUUGAUGGCAUUGUGCGCGUUCACGACCUUCAUGUUUGGAAGCUCCAGAGUAAUUGCAUUAUUGGGACAGUGCAUCUUCGUGUCCGCAGCUUGCCCGAAUACGUGACCGUGGCGAAACAAGUGAAGCAACUCUUUCAUGAAUACAACAUUCACUGUACCACAAUCCAACCGGAGUUCGAGGAUAGAAAUGACCUCAACCCUGAAACUUGUCUCUACGACUGUGGACCAAAUCAAAAUUGCUGCUCCGAUUCCUGCUGUCCCCAGCUGCAAGAUCCAAACGGCCCUGGGAAUAAUAAUAAUAACAACAACAAUGAUAGUACUAGUCCUAACAUUUUUGCUGGUAAUACUUCCCUCCAAGCCUCUAGCAAUACUCUUGCUCUAAACACCGACCGUGCUGACACAAAAACUGUUGGUGCGGAUGACAACGUCCAAAUUGAAAUGAGUCAGUUUGCUUCGCUAGAGCAACUGCCAGACGAGUGUCUGUACAAUUGUGGUUCAGGCCAGAACCAGACGUGUGACCAGUGCUGCUGCCCGACCAAUACCAACAAAGUCAAUCGGGGAAACGCAGGUCUCAAGACAUUGGACGAAAGCUCUGCCUCAGACGCCACCUCUGUCAAGGACUUCGAUGAUCAGACCUCUGACUAA